CGAGGCCGCGCACGCACACUGGGGGCCCGGCUCUACGCAAUGGAAAGGCGGCGCGCUCGACUUAAAGGAGCGCGCUGUCCCAAGCCGUGUUGAUGUGUCGCAGAUUGUAAAACGUGAGGCAGGCAGCUGGAGUUUGGAGGGAGGGACGCGCGGACAGGCAGCCCCUCACCGCGAGGCGUCACACCGGGGAGCGAAACGGACGCGCGAGGGACGGCGAGGUGUUUAUUUUAAAACAAUAGUGACGCCCCCCUCCUUCCUCGAAGCCGAGGCUAUUUUUUAAUUUUUUAUUUCAUCACUUCGGUUCCAGCAGCAGGGGCACAGUUUGAGUCUUGUUUUGGAGCGCGUGGAGCAGCACGCGGCGAUGGAGCUGUCAUCGGUGGGGGACCAAGUGUUCGCCGUGGAGUCAAUAAUCAAGAAGAGAGUGAGGAAGGGUAAUGUGGAGUAUCUACUGAAAUGGCAGGGAUGGUCCCCGAAGUACAGUACUUGGGAACCAGAGGAAAAUAUUUUGGACCCACGCCUGGUCCUGGCCUACGAAGAGAAUCAGGAGAAGAUCAGAGCUCUGGCCUAUCGCAGGAAAGGUCUCAGACCCAGGAGGCUCGUCCUGCGGAACAUCUUUGCCAUGGACCUCCGCAGCGCCAACAAGGCCUUGGAGAAGCCCCCCCCAAGACUGCGUCUCUCCCUCACCCGCUCCAUGAGUACCGACGUGGACGCGGGCGAGCGGGGCAGCCUGUACCGGCGCCUCGCCAGGAGGAAGAUCAAGCACCGCGCGUCCAAACGAGGGCUGGAGGGACCCUCGAACAAAACCAUGGUCCCACUGAGGAAGACGGAGGAGCCCAUGGAGGAGGACUGGUGCGGCACCAGCGAGGAGGAGAAGCAGGAAUCUGAAGGCACCGCCGAGGAGACGCACAAAGACAGUUUAUACGGGGAGUUGGAGUGCAGCUCCUCCCCCCCCCUGCUGGAGCGACAGGACAUGGAGAUGGUCGAAACGAGACCCAACCAAACGUUUGCGUGCGACCAGUCAAAAGACAGUGGCUCGGUGCCCGAGGCCGCACCGGAAGACGAGGUUUCCGUCGGCAACGAGUCCGAUUGGGACGGGGAGGAGGAGGUCGAGUCAGGGUCGGAGUCUCCCGGAUUAGUGAGCGACGACACGGCCUCGGUGAUGGUGAGCAGCAGCGAGGUGUCGAAGGCGGAAACGAGAGGCGACAAUCAGAGUGUUACUACGGCGACGGCAGGCAGCCGGGAGAAGAGAUGCAGUGGUUUAGUUUGGUGUUCAACAGCGCCCCCUACAUCCAGAAGUUACCUCAUGAACUGAACCAGAGACCCCCAGAGCUUGACACGAGAACUAUGACGUUUAACGAAUAAUGUGUUCAUCAUUAGAGCAAAGCAGCCACACAGACCACGUGACAGCGUCAUCACGAAUAUACUACGAGUUUAUGAAUUAGACUUUUUAUACUGUGACACAUUGGACAUACUACACUGACUUAUUGCAUGACCUUUUAUGUAAUGCUCUUUUUAUUUGACAUAUACAUUUUUUACAAUGAAUAUUUUUAGGACUUCUGUUUGAUAUAUUAUGCUAUAAUUUUAUUUUAAAAUACUAC